CCACCCAAGCCAAACCAAACCUGAAGCAGAGGCCGAAACUCAAACAGUUCCUCAAGGUCUAUAGCCAGGUGAUGGAGGACGAGGAGAAUGCAGCAGAGAGCCUGGUGUGCAACACGGAAGCUGCUUGUUCUCCAUCCCCCAUUCGCUGCUGCUGGCUCCGCCUCCGCUGCUUAGCAGCUACUAGCAUUAUAUGUGGCUGCUCUUGCCUGGGAAUAGUGGCCCUUGUGUUUGCCAUCAAGGCGGAAGAGCGGCAUAAGGCAGGCCGGUUGGAGGAGGCAGUGCACUGGGGGGCCCGGGCCCGGAGGUUCAUCCUGGCCAGCUUUGCCGUCUGGCUCACUGUCCUCGUUCUGGGCCCCCUGCUCCUAUGGCUGGUCUCCUACGCCAUCGCACAGGCUGAGUGACCCUGGGUGGCCUUUGCUGAGAGUCAGCCGAGACAUCCUGGAUCCUCCAAUGCAGUAUUGUGAGGGUCUGGUGCCAACAGUGGUUACUUCCUGGCUGGAAGGAUGGUGCCUCUCUCAAAAGGGCUUUGGAAGAGCUCUUUAGCCUUUUCUAAAAGGCAGCAGCUGAGACUGAUGAGGGGAGGUCAGCCUGCUCUGUUCUUUCAGUGCCCACCAACCCCUAUUCCCCCCAGUCUACUCCAUCCUAGGGGCCUCUAGGAGGGGAGGUUGAAGA